AUGGCGAUUCUUAACACGAUGUAUAAUCCCCAGUACGACGACAACAUCCUGAUGGAUGGCUCUUGGAGGAAAAAUGGGAUCGAUAUCUUUGACUUGUUUCGCCACAAAUUUACGCUUAUAAUCAUCCAAAACCUACUCAUUCUCAUCACCACCCGCUCCGUCGCCUUCCUCCUCAAGCCCUUCCGCCAACCGCGAAUUCUCUCCGAGUUGAUUGGUGCCAUACUAUUGAGUCCGACGAUCAUCGGAAGGCUGGCUUUCCGCAGCUCGUCGGCGCCUACGGCGAAGACGCUCUACGAUUUCAUCUUUCCGGAGAUGAGCUUUGCGAUGGUGGAGAUUUUUGGGUUCUUGGGGCUCAUCUACUACGUCUUCCUCGUCGCCAUGCGGCUGGAUACCACGGUGGUCAGGGAAAUGUAUAGGAAGGUGUUUCCGGUCGCCGCCGCUACCGUCGUCCUCCCUCUCCUCGCCGUCGUCGUCGCGGUCGUUAUUUUCCGUCUUCCUGCCCCCUCCCACGCGGAGCAGACCACGUUCGCCCUCGUCCUCGGCUUCGCGCUAUCUGUCCCUGCCUUCCCCGUCAUGGCGCGCCUCCUCGCCGAGGUCAAGGUCCCCAUGGGGGAGGUCGGACAGGUGGUGCUCCCGGCUGCCGUGGUGGGCGACGUGUUUUCGUGGAUCGCACUCGCGGUGUGCUUCGCCUUCGUCGGGCCUGCCGACGAAGCCCUCGCGCCGCUGUGGAUGGUCCUCGCCGGCGCGUGCCUCGUGGGGGUGUGCGUGUGGAUGAUCAGGCCGUUGCUGGUGUGGCUAGGCCGGAAGACGUCGGCGGCUGAUCCCGUGAACAUCGAAUUCAUGGGAUUGGUGGUCGCGUUGGUGCCUCCGGCUGCGCUGUCGGCGGCGGCCAUCGGAUUCCACCCAGCCUUGGGCGCACUCGUGCUGGGGCUGGCGGUGCCCAAGGGGCCGCUCACGGCGGCGCUGACGCAGCGACUCGAGAACUACGUCGUCAUUGCUCUGCUUCCUUUCACCAUCAUCAGCAGCGCCCACGCGACCGACGUCAUGGCCAUCGUGACGAGGCAGGGGGACGAGCCAGAGAACUACGCGCUACGUUUGGCUGGCGUCAUGCUUGUCGCAACGCUGGCAAAGCUGGCGGCGGCCGUGGCCGUGUCGCCUCUGUUUUCUCUGCCGCGCACGGAGAGUUUGUCGAUCGGCGUCCUAAUGAGCACGAUCGGUCCGAUGGAGAUUAUAAUCCUAAACAUCGGCAAGGAUCGGAAGAUCUUUAAUGCCAAAAUACGCGGAGUGCUUUUAGUCGCGUCGGUGAUCAGCACGGCGAUGGUGAGGCCGAUCUUGACGGCGCUCGAAGGCCGCAAGCUCCACCGCCAUCCUGCACCAGCGUACAAGAAGCGCAAUUUGCAACUCUCCGGGUUGGAGUCAGACCUGCGCGUCGUGGCCUGCGUCCACACCAUCCGGAACGCCCCCUCCAUCACUGGCCUCCUCCACCUCGCCGACCACUUCCCGCUCUCAGUCUGUGCCGUACACCUCGCCCAUAUCACCGGCCCCGCCCCUCCGAUGCUCAUCGUCCAUGACUCCGUUGACUGCAACUGCACGUUUCCCACCCUGGACGACGUUUCCACCGUGACGUCCUCUGCGGCGCCGGACCACAAAGUAGACUCGCAGCCCAUCAUUUCCGCUUUCGAGAGGUUCCAGCGACGAUCCACGAACGUCGAGGUCUCGUCCCUCACCGCUGUCUCCGAGUACUUCACCAUGCCUGAGCAAGUCCGUAGCAUCGCCGAGGGUUACCGGGCCACCCUCAUCGUCGUCCCCUUCCACCGACUGCUGACCGUCGACGGCGAGAUGGAGGACAUCAACCCCUACGUGCGCGCCGUCAACAAGGGCAUCCUCGACGACGCGCCUUGCUCCGUCGCGAUCCUCGUCGACCGCGGUCAUCUGGUAGGCCACGAGUCCAAGCUCGCCAGCCACGUGGCGCUCCUCUUCUUCGGGGGGCCCGACGACCGCGAAGCGCUCCUUUGCGCCAGCCGCUUCGCGAAGCGGCCGGGGGUCCACCUCACGGUGGUGCGAUUCGUGGUCAACGACAAGCAAUCACACGCGGCGGCCAGCGCGACGCAGGGUAUAUUAUCGGGUGCGAGAGUGGAGGGCCGAAUCGACGACGAGUACGUAAGGGAGUUCAGGCGGCAGUUCGCAAGCCACGCGGCGGUGACGUACACAGAGAGGGCGGUGGAGGACUGCGAGGGGGCGGUGGCGGCCAUCAGGGAGAUGGGAGGCGAACAUAACAUGUACAUGGUGGGGAGGGCGGCGGGGGGAGAGUCGGCGGCAGAACUGGUGGAGGGUCUGUGGAACUUCGUGGAAUUGAGGGAGUUGGGGCCGAUUGGGGACUUGUUGGUGUCGGCGGAAUUCUCAGCGGCGGCGUCGGUGCUGGUGGUGCAGCAGUACGUGGGCGAGCAUCAGAGCGUGCGGGACAUGGAUGAGGGAUCGAGCCGGAGGAAGAGAUUGAGGAUGGGCGACUAUAGCUCAAAGCACCGGUAA